AUGGCUAGAAAGCGGAGGAAGAUAAUCUUGGAUAACAGAAAAAGAAUAAGAAAUUUAAUGCCCACUGAAGUUGAUGAUACUAAAAAUACAAAUUCAAAGCGCAGGACGUCAAAGAAUGUGGUUGGGAUUUCCAAUAACAGGGUUUUUCUGAAUGACAUAAUGAAUCACGCAUCCACCUCAACUGGUGAAAGGUCCAGUGAUUUCAUACGGUCUGAUAUUCCACUUGACUCACAUUAUCGCAACAAUGAUGGAUCCAACUCGGACAAUAAUUUAAAUUCGCCUAAUAGUUCAGAAUAUGAUGAUCAUGCAGAUCCUGAACCUUUACAAGAUCCCCAUCUCCAAGAAUAUUAUGAUAUUAGAGACCAAAGUUAUGAAUGUGCUCUCUGUCAAUCAUGUAUGUGGUACAAAGAAAAAGUGGACAGAAAUAGGACAACAACAGUUCCUCGAUUCCAUAGUUGCUGCCGUGGGGGAAAAAUUGUUCUGCCAUUCCUUGAUGAACCUCCAAAACUGUUGCAACAUCUUCUGUUUGAUACAACAAAUUCGGAGAGUAAAAACUACCAAAAUAAUAUACGAACAUACAACGCAAUGUUCUCAUUCACUUCCCCCGGAAUGAAAUUCGACACAACAUACUCUAAAAGAGGAGGACCACCUAAUUUGAGACUGCAUGGGCAGAACUGUCAUCGAAUAGGGACGUUGUUGCUAGAAACUGGAAAUGAUCCACAAUAUGCUCAAUUAUACAUCUACGAUACUGAUAAUGAAGUUGAAAAUAUAAUGCAAUGUUUUAAGGACAACACACGCAUCGCCCGACCAAUUGUCAACAAACUGAAGUUAAUGUUAGAUGAGCACAACAUCCAUGCCAAGGAUUUGAGAAUGGAAAGGGAUGUUUUAAAGACAGAUUCUUUCACGGACUUAAAACUCAGGCUCAUUUCUGAUAGACAUGAAGAUGGUCGUGUUUAUAACAGGCCUACCGUGUCAGAAGUUGCUGCACUCAUUGUUGGUGACAUUGAUUCCAAUGAUAAAAGAGACAUCUUAAUUCAACGCCGUAAUGGUGGUUUGCAACGAAUUGAUGAGUUUCAUCCGACAUAUUUGGCAUAUCAAUAUCCUCUUAUAUUUCCUUAUGGUGAAGAUGGUUACAAUAAAAACAUAAUGCACAAAUAUAGGCAGGAAACUGAAGUCGCUAAGAAAAAUCGUCAGAGCAUUAAGGAUUGGCUUUGUUUCCUCUUACAACAACGGCGCAAAAAAGCAAAAACACUGCUUUACUCAAGACGUCUAUUUCAGUAA